ACACGAUGAUCAAUUUUUCUCUUUCUCUGACCAAAUCUAUGUCCUAUAGCUUCAUAUGGAUGCUCUUUGUGAUCCAUAUAUCUUGUGUUUUAUCAGCCGAUGGGAAUCACAUACUCUGCAGUCCCUCGUUUACUUGUGGUAAUCAGAGAGGUCUCUUGUACCCUUUCUGGAUUGCUGGCAGAAAAGAAUGCGGUCACCCUGACUUCGAGCUUGACUGUAACGCAGGAGUCCCAGAGCUUAGCAUUUCUUCUGUCAAAUUUAGAAUCCUAGGUGCGGAUUAUGACUCUGGUAUCAUAACACUCGCCAGAUCCGAUAAUAUCGACGAUCCGUGUCUCCCAAAUUCCUUCACUACGUCAUUCAACGAAACCGUCCUUCCACUUGCUUCUACCACCGACCUGCUAACCAUUUAUUACGACUGCAACCGAAACGUUUCAUCGUUUGUUUCUACUUUUGUUAAAGAGCUUGAUUGUCCAGAUGAUGGGACUGAUGAUAGAAGAAAUUAUUAUCUGACGAGAAACCUCACGUUCCUUCCGCCGUCCCUUAAACUUGAAGGGAAUAGUUUCCUUUUAAACGACUUUGGGGGAUCUUGCAGUAGAAACGUCAGUAAUCCCGCUUCUAGAACCGCGCUGAACACACUGGAGAGUACUCCAAGUACAGAUAAUCUAAAGAUUGCACUUGAAGAUGGUUUCGCGCUUGAAGUUAACUCAGAUUGCCGGACGUGCAUAGACUCUAAGGGUGCUUGUGGAUUUAGUCAAACCUCAAGUAGAUUCGUCUGCUAUUAUAGGCAAGAGCCACAAAACCCUACUAGAAACAAGGUAAUAUUAAAACUAUUUUUUAUCGUUAUUUAUGUCUUAGGCAUUGGGGCUGCUUCCUUUGCAAUGAUGGGCGUAAUUCUUGUAGUCACAUGUUUGAACUGUCUCAUCAGACGGCAAAGAAAGACAUUGAAUGAUCCAAGAAUGAGGACAUCAGAUGAUUCAAGACAACAGAAUCUAAAGGCCCUUAUUCCACUGAAACACUAUAGCUACGCGCAAGUAACGAGUAUAACGAAGUCAUUCGCCGAAGUGAUUGGAAAAGGCGGAUUUGGAACUGUUUAUAGAGGAACACUUUAUGACGGUCGUAGUGUUGCUGUGAAAGUCUUAAAAGAGUCGCAGGGUAAUGGUGAAGACUUCAUCAAUGAAGUUGCAAGCAUGAGCCAAACUUCGCAUGUCAACAUUGUUACCCUCCUAGGAUUCUGCUCUGAAGGUUACAAGAGAGCAAUUAUUUACGAAUUUAUGGAAAACGGGUCUCUUGAUAAGUUCAUCUCAAGCAAGAAGUCAUCAACUAUGGACUGGAGGGAACUAUAUGGGAUCGCGUUAGGCGUUGCUCGUGGUCUAGAGUACUUACACCAUGGUUGCAGAACAAGGAUUGUACAUUUCGACAUAAAACCACAGAAUGUACUCUUAGAUGACAAUCUUUCCCCGAAAGUUUCAGACUUUGGCCUUGCUAAGCUAUGCGAGAGGAAAGAAAGUAUCUUGUCACUAAUGGACACAAGAGGAACGAUAGGGUACAUUGCACCCGAAGUGUUUUCAAGAGUGUACGGUAGAGUCUCCCACAAGUCAGAUGUGUAUAGCUAUGGAAUGUUGGUUCUUGAUAUAAUAGGAGCUAGGAACAAAACAUCAACCGAGGACACUACAUCAAGCACAAGCUCAAUGUACUUUCCCGAAUGGAUAUAUAGGGAUCUUGAAAAGGCACACAAUGGAAAGAGUAUCGAGACUGCAAUCAGUAACGAAGAAGAUGAGAUAGCAAAGAAGAUGACGUUGGUAGGUUUGUGGUGUAUUCAGCCUUGGCCAUUAGAUCGCCCAGCAAUGAAUAGAGUCGUAGAGAUGAUGGAAGGAAACCUGGAUGCUCUUGAAGUCCCUCCUAGGCCUGUUUUGCAGCAAAUCCCCACAGCAACUCUUCAAGAAUCUUCUACUUUUUCAGAGGAUAUCUCGGCAUACACAGAAAUAUGCUCCAUAAAUGUUGCAUAA